AAAUUGGGUGAAAUGCUAAUUGUCGUUUUCGUUGAAUAUAUGUUGAGGUUCAGUGCUAGAUAAAUAUGAGACAUACUUUACAAUGUUUUGAAAGACAAUUAUGAGUAAUAUUCAUUUGAGUUAUUUCCCUUCAGGUCCUCACUGUUUUUUAGUCGGUGAAUAGAGGCUUUUAGCCAAGUAACUUACAAAAGUGCAUUUCACAUGGUAAGCAAACUCCAAGAAAGCUCAACAUGGGUACAGUGACAAAUCAUAUGUGCCACUGUCACACAGUUCUUGCGUAAAUCUGCGAGAGGGAGAGGAUUUGUUUAUUAUUUUUAUGUAUUUUAUUCCUUUUUUUUGUUGUUGUUAUUGAAACAUUGCGGUUUGGUUCGAAAAGGAUGGGGGACAACAUUUUAGAUGUUUGCAAAAAACUGGCCAAUGAAUCUCCCUGGCAGACUGAGGGAGGCCGUUCCGCCAUCGCGAAAGAAUGUUCCGGAAGCUCAAAUGGACGGGACACCUCUGGGGGGUCGAUGCUGAUCAGAGAGCUUCUUCUGCAGGACCCUAGACCAGCUACAGUAGUUCAGACAAGAUACUACAAGGGGCUUGUACAAGUGGCUGCGUUGUGUGGUACAAGUCACAAGGUGUUAUACCUGAAUCAGGAAUCGGGUUGUUAAUAUUAAGUUACCCUUUAAACAAUCACAGUGUUGCCAGCAGCAUUCCUGUGUGUUGCCUUUAAGCACCUGUGAGCAGUAGUUAUAGCUUAAUCACUUCGGAGUCAUAAACUUUGUCCUGGGGGUGUCCCUCCAUCUGUGCCAGGGACCUUUGAUCUUUGAAUGGGAUAAAAACCGAGCACACCUCGAGCCUUCCACGAAAACAAAAAAAAUCAUAGGAUUGGCUUAAAAGCACGGUUUACUGCACACAAGGAAGAGUUCUUCAAGGGGCUGGAAUUCCAUCCUAUCGAUCAUUGAGCUGGUGGACUUCAACCCCCUGGCUUUAAAUGAGCAGGAAGUCUUGAUAUUUGCUCUCCUCUAUGUGAGGAAAAUGGAUGCCUAGGACAUGAAUAGGAACCAGGGAAGACCCUCAGGGCUGAAGAACCGAAGAGGGCAAUAAGGAAGAAACCAUAGUAAGGUUGACUCCACUAAUAUUCCAGUAUGUAUACGAGCAAUGGGACCCAUCUUUUUGCUUCAAGUGAGGAUGGAGAGUCAAUUCGGUCCAGUGGCUUCUCACUGGACGAAACGUCUUCACAGAGGUCCAGUUUAUCGAGACCCAGCGGCAAAGCCAUAUACUUGCAGAGGAAGGGGUACGCCGAGACCAUGAUUAAACAGCCGAGGAACGUCCAGUACAGAGUGGAGCACCUCUUUACCUGCGAGGUUGACGGCCGGGACGUCCGCGAUCUGGAAGACUGCGUAGAGCAGCUGAAGGUCCUGGAUGCCAGGGGCAGGGUGUGGGGGCAGGACAUGGUGCUGGAGGUACAGGACAGGAGCCUGCUCCUCACCGACAUCGAGACUAAGGAGGAGCUCGAGUCCCUUCCACUGGCCAGCAUCACUGAGACAAAGGCCCUGUUGGACACGUGCAUCUACAACUCCAUGCUGGCCCUCACGGUACAGGAGCGCUCCAAAGGGAUGACCAACAUCUUCCUGUUCCAGUGUGAGGAAGUGAGGGCAGAACUCGUCAAAACUGACCUAGACAGAGCUAUUAGACUCCGAAUGAUGGACGUGGGGGAUACAAGGAACCAUGUGAAUAAUGCAGUCGGCCAGCCAGAUUCUGGAAGUUCACACGGCUCGGAGCCACCCCUGUCAGAUAGAUGGAAUGACCCAGAUUACGAGGAGGCCAGCCUCCCCCCUCCCAGGGAAGAACCAGAACCAGAGUAUGAUGAGGAACCCCAGGAGGAGCCCCCCCCACGGGUGUACACGGAGCUGGAGAGGAACGUGGACAUCUUGAACCACGUUCUGAACGACGUGGAACUGUUCAUGGGCAGAGUGAGAGCACUCGUGGCUAAAGAGGAUAAGAAAAAGAAGAAGAUAUUGAUGAUGAAGAAGAACAAGAAGAAAGCCACUGAGGAUAUGCCCCCCUCAGAGGAAUUUGAAACCUGCCUACAGAAAGUUAAGUUUGGAUUUAACCUGCUGGGGGUGCUAAAUGGUGAGAUCAGCAGUCCCAGCGCUCCCGAAUUCACCCACAUCUUCUUCUCCAUCCUGGAGUUUUUGGUGCCACAUGCCCCCCCUGACCUGCCCUCCUCCAUCAUCGCCCCUCUACUGACAGACCAGACCAUCAAACUCCUCAGCGAGGAGGCCAACCAGGAGGAGGACCAGCUUUGGCAGUCCCUGGGCGACGCCUGGAAUAUUCCCAGCUCUAAAUGGCCAGACGACGAGGAUGAGGAUGAAGUUCCGCCCUAUUUCCCAGAGUUCGACGAUGGUUGGGAGCCCCCCAUGGUGGUCAAAGCUCCUCCAAAACCGAACCCGACCAAUAACACCAAAAGUCAGCGGCCGCAGCCGCAGCCACAGCCGCCACCGCCACCGCCAACUGAGAGGGCGCCACAGAGAACCCAGCCUUCUCAGUCUCCUGUUCCGUGGAACCCUCCAAAACCACGGCCCAAUGAGCCGCCGGCCCGUUACAUGCGGGUGAUGUACGACUUCGCGGCCAGGAACCGCCGAGAGCUGAGCAUCAUGAAGGACGACAUGGUGCAGGUCCUGGACCAAUCCAAGCAGUGGUGGAGAGUGCGUAACGCAGACGGGGAGGAGGGGUACGUGCCCCACAACGUGCUGGUGUCUGCGGCGGAGAAACAGGCGGACGAGGAGCCCAAGGAGAUGAACUCGCCUCCAACCUUGAACAAGAGAUCCAAACCGGAGGAGGUGAAGGCCUGGCUGGAGUACAAGGAGUUUUCAAAAAUUACGGUGCGCUGUCUGGGCGUGCUCAGUGGCUCCCUGCUCCUGGGCCUGACGCGGGAGGAGCUGAAGCAGAUGUGCCCAGAGGAAGGGGGGCGGGUCUUCUUCCAGUUACAGAACGUGAAGAACUCCCUGGCGCUGGCCAAUGAGAACGGGAAAAUCCGGUACAACUGACACCGGAAGGCACGGGAGACAGAGGAAGUAAAGGAAGAGGGAGGGGAUAGAUGCUAACAGAUCAGAACAACACGCAAACAAAGGAAGAGGACAAGUUAGCAAUGAAUUAUUCUGUUCCUGCCUUUAUGACGUAUUACUCAAUAUAACACAGAUGUAAACUUUUGCACAGAAUGCCAAUAUGCUACAUUGCACCACCUGACAGAACGCUGCUUAGCUCUGGGAGGACUAUUUAGAGUGUUUUACUGUUAUAGAUUUAGCAGUGGCACUGUCCUCACGGACUACACAUUGACAAGCACAGUCUAUUAACAUAUAUAAACAUAUAUUAACAUAUAAAAGAUCACGUCAGUUAUAGGAUGAUAACGUGUAUGUAAGAUGUAUGUAAGUGUAUUGCAAACAUUGUCAGGAACACUGAUUCUCUAGAGCCAUUUUUCUCAUGAUUCAGUUGUUAAUUCAGUUGUAAAUUAUUUCUACAAAAUGGGUCUUGUGUUACCGCCUUCUUGUGUCAAAACUGAAUUUAUGCAUUUGAUUAGUUUGUGUUCAUUUUGCUAAUAAUAAACCUGUGAAAGCACGCAA